AUGUUCCGUAAAAACACACACUCAACUUUUCCGGAAAACAUGUUUACAGCAACAGAUAUAAUAUUUUCUUCAAUUCCUCAUUUUACUGCUAUUUUUGGUUUUGAUGUUCACGAACAAAUUGUGAUUGGAUCAAUUCAAGAUUUGACAACAAAUAUAAAUUUACGAAUUGAUUCUUUAACAGAAAAUGAGGAAGAAGGGAAGGGAACAGAAUUAUUAAUUCUUUGUGCGCUUUUAAGAAAUUUACGUUUAAAACAUUUGGAAUAUUUGUUGGAAUUAGCGCAACAACAAUAUAGACUCAACGAUUUUCACUUCUCUAACCAAUACAAACUUACAAACAUUGAAACACCGACAAGUCAAUUACAACAAUUAAUAGAAAAAUUGUUGAGAAAAUAUAUACAAAUUGCAAAUAAAUGUAUUUUUACUUUUGAAUGGGCUGAAUGUUCGGAAACACCUCAACGUGUACGUACUUUAAUUAAACAUUUGGUACGUUCAGUGGCAGAAAAGGAUAUUGAUGUGGCUGCUUUAUUGGAGAGUGAUGGCUUUACUGCUUCGAAGGAGAGAACACCAGAAUCGUCGCAUGGUUAUUAUACAAUGAGAAGAGCAGCAAGUGUAGCUAGUAGCGUCUACAAUAAUAACAACAAUAAUGACAACAAUUCUUCUUUGGGUGGAAGUAGUGGAGGAAUAGUUGAACGUCUUUGGGGUGAUGAUGAUAAUGAUGAUACCGAUGGAGAAGAAAAUAGUAAAAAUGGUGAAGGAGCUAUAAAAGAAUUUUUGGCUAAUUUAAAAGUGGAAUUUAGAAGGGAUAUUGUAAGUUUUGAAUUUUUGUGUUUUUAUUUGGUUAAGGAAAACUAGA